AUUUUAUAUUACUAUAUUAUUAGUCGAAAGGUCGAUACCGAAAAUUUCAAGUCCAAAAAAAACGAAUGAAAAACCAUUAGAUGUUCUAACUUCUAAACAAGAAGCUAAUUGGCAUAUAUCUAUUAGUCCGGAUGGUGAGAACGUUCUUAUGUUUGAUCAUGAUGAACUUGAAUUUAAAAUUAUUCCUAUAAAAAAUAUAAAUGAUUCUUACGAAAAAGAAUCUUAUAAUGUUAAAUCCGGAUUUAAAAAAGAAAAAUCUAAAAAUGAUUAUCCUAAAUGGAUAAUAGCAAUUUCGAAUUCAAUUACAAAUACUCUAAACGAAAAAGAAGUCUUGGUGGCCAUAUCUCGUGUUACAAAAUCUGAUACGACAAGUCCUGGCAAGAAAAAUCUUAAUAAUGAAAAUCUUACUAGUACUAAUUCUAAUGAGUUUGAAGAGAAAGAACCUGAACCGGUUGAAAUUGUUACUACUGAUACUACUGCUAAUGAGGGAAAUACUGUUAUUUAUAAAAUAAAAUUAAAUCAAAAAUCAAAACCUGAACGAAUAUGUAGUGAUUUACCUGGUGGAAUCGUUAUUUUCGUUCAUAAUGAUAAAAAGAAUUAUAUUUAUUGUCUCAUCUUUAACGUAAAAGGAAUUUUUAGAAAAAAGUUUACUCAUGAUUUAAGUGGUAAAAGAAUGAAACAAUUUUAUUAUCCAAAAAGGCUUCAAGAUGAUUUAAAUACUUUAUAUAAAAGGAAAUCAUGUAUAACAAGAUUAUUUAAUAGUAUUUUUGAUCAUUAUUUUUUUAUUGAACAAUAUAAAGGAGGUACUCAAGUUUUACAGUUGUAUGAUUUAAGAACUAUGGAAAUGAAACAAUUCUUUAAUUUACAUGUAAGAAAGUCACAUGUAAGAAAGUCAUUAAGAAAAUUCGGUACUCCUAUAUUUGCAAGAUCAAAUGAUGAAAAAAUUAUCGCUUUUUCGUUCGGUUUUGGAAAGUUGUUUCUUUUCCUUGUAGAAAAUGGUUUAGAAAUAGCUUCUGAAGAUUUUGGAAAAGGUGUUAAAAUAUUAUUUUGUGAUUUUAUUAAUAAUGAUAAAACUAUAAUAGUAAUAGUUCAAAAAUCGGAAUCGGAAUGUCAAAUUUUAUAUUGGAAUUUAUUUAGUACAAGUAAUCAUGUUAAAUCUGGAAGAAAAGUUAAUUUUGUAACGGAUGAAGAAAAUAUUUCUUCUAUUGCAAGAAUUCCUGGAAAACUCAUUACUGUAGAUACUUACGGAAAUAUUUCUUCAGUAUUUGAUCGUUUGAUUAAUAAUUGUGAUCCUGAAGAAGAAGGUAAAGAAAUUCAUAGCAUAGUUAUUCAUAAUGAUAACAGUAAAUUAGUAGAGUCGCCUAGAAAAAUGUCAUGUUCUAAGUCUAAAAAUGAGCAUACGAUAUAUUCACUAUAUUCCCAAAAUAAAACAAAACCACUUGUAAGUAAAGAGCCAUGGGUGAUAGAUGUUUAUGAUCGAACUUCUGUAUUUCUUGAUAAAGAAGAAACUACGCAAUUGUUUAUCGGAAGAAGUACCAUUCAAGUGUGGCGUAAAAUUGCUGGAAAUAAAAAGGUAGAACUUGAAUAUAUUUGGGCCAAUAAUGUCAAAGCAAAUAGAGAAGAAACAUGUGCGUUAAAAGUUGAUGAAUUAUAUAUUGGAGAUAGAUCCUUUUAUAUUAAGGUUAGAUGGGACGAAUUAAAGGAUAAUGAAUUCUUUGAAGUUAAAUGGCCAUAUAGUGAUAAUCAUGUGACUCCAAUAAUACAUGCUUGUGAUGCUUUUGAACAUUUAAAUUAUCGAAGAAACAAAUUGGCUGGAAAUAAAAAACAACAUGUAUUUGAGGAUAUGAAAGAUCGUAUAUCUUACAUCAUUUGGAGAUUUAUUAAAAAUAAACCAAAUAUUUGGCGAUUAAUGGAUGUACGUUUUGAUAUUAUGGCAAAAGUUAUAAUUGGAGGUUCAAAUACUUUGAUUAAAUAUAUUUUAUUUGGGGAUGGAAAAGAUAAGAAUUGGAAUUUACACAUUCCUAAAAUAAAUCGAUGGGAGAAUGAAGACGAAAAAAAAUUUAAAAUAGAAACUAUUGAAAAGAAAGGAGAGACGAGAAUAAAAAAUUUAAGUGAUUUACAAAUCGCGAUCCGUUUAUGUAAAAAAGGUCUUGAGUGUAACCGUAGAUCUUUAAUUGUCGCUUAUUUACUUGAAUACUACACGGAAAACUCACUUAAACACAUCGGUUGGCUAUCUACUGUUUCGGAAGCGUUACCAGAUUUAAGUAACAAAUGUAAUCUAAGUUUAAAGCUUCAUUAAAGAAAUAUUCUUUAAAAGAUGUAUCUCAGGCGUUGAGAUAUCCGACGUGAUCGAUUAUACCGAUCUUACACCUAAAGAAAUCGAAGUUACUGUAAAAGAAUCACAAGAACUUAUAGCAUUUAAUCCAAAUACAAAACUUAUUUCAAAAGACGAAACACAAAAAUCAAUUAGUUUAUAUUUGAAAGAAUUUUACGCAAAUAUAUUCUCAAGUACA